UUAAGGUUAUUUUAGGCUCUAGCCCCGAUGCCAUUCAAGGAUCCAAUUGCGUGCUUCCUCAUUACUGGCGGUGGGUAUGCACGCCCUCGUUUUAAACCGUUGCAGCCUGCAGGGAGGGGACGACUGGCUGACUCUCGCUGUUUUCUGUGCAGGCUUUUUUACAUUCUUUCUGCUUCGGCAUUCAUUCAGCUCUGCUCCUGCUUUCGCUCGCUUUCAUAUUUCCUUAAUAUCUCACUUCGGCGAGAGAGAUGCGUUGGUAGUGGGAUUUUCACGAUCUGAAGUCUCCAGCAUCACUUUUCGCUGCGUCAAACCCUUGAUUUUUAUCCAACCUGAUGUCUACCUGAUGUAUACCUGUCGAACCGAUCGUUAAUGGCUAGACCAUGGCCAGUCAGCCUGUUUUCGAGCCGCUUGGCGACUCGCGAUCGUCGUGUCAAAUACCUCUCCGCAGCUCCGAGGAGACCCACGACGAUGAAUAUGACAUGUGGAUGAUGGAAGAUCAUCCGCUGCGUGCAUUCCCCAAGGAGUGCUGUCCCAGUAUUAUCUACUUUCUCGAAUCCCGGUAUCGUGUCGCACGGCGGAACUGGGGCGAAGGCAUCUUUCGCAUUGUCUGUCUUCUCCUCAUGGUGGCAGUGCUGGUUCAGGCCUUUGUGACUGUGUACAAAACCCUUCCUUGGCUUCUCGUUGGCGAAAACUGGGCCGACGAGUCGUGGGAUCGACCGGGAGAUGGACACCCGGGUUCUGCUCGGUGGCCCGAUGAAUGGAAGGAUUACGACCGGUCGAUCUCCUGUCUUUCAUAUUACCCCCAUGCACACUUCAAAGCCAUUCAGAACAGUCUCGAGUACGGAUGCACGGGACUCCGGACCGAUAUUUGGCUUCACCAGAAUCAGAUCCUUGUGGGCGAGUCGAUUGUCGCUCUUGACUCGCGCCAUACUUUGCAGAACACAUACCUCGGUCCGCUGUGGAACGAGCUUGAGCUUCUGAGCCAUGCGCCUGGCCAGGCAACGUCUCUCCAGAGUCUGUUUGACGCGGAAACGAACCGGACGUUUGUUCUCGUCUUGAACUUCAAGUCCCCCAUGCAGAUGCUGUGGCCGCAGGUCGACGCUCUGCUCGACCCAUUCAGACAAAAGGGAUAUCUGACCCAUCUGAAUGGGUCCCAGGUGGUACAUCGGCCGGUCACUGUCAUGUUUUCCGGUCGUGUUGCAAGUGGCGAUAUGGAUAUGGUAGCCCCGGAUAUCUUCUUCGACAGAACCCUCGACGAUCUAGUCUUGGAGGACGAGGAAGAGCAUCCUCAGCAAUCUCCGAAAACACCUCCCGGCACGGCAGCAAAUGUCAUGGCUGCGACUGCGAAUUUCAAGGAGUCCAUUGGUCGGCCGCAUCGCGGCCGGUUCUCUCCCCGACAGGUAGAACUUAUCCGGGCGCAAGUGCAGGCUGCUCAUCGGCGAGGCCUGCUCGCUCGGUAUGAAGGGCUGCCGCAGUGGCAUGGAAAGCUGCGCGAUCUUAUCUGGCAAACGCUGGUACAAGCCGGGGCCGAUCUAAUAGAGGUCGAGGGGGGGAGAUGGUAAAC